AUGUUCUUCUCCUGCUUCACGGACGCCUGGCAGGUGCACGGCAAGGCCAAAGACCUCAUCGACCUCUUGUUCGAUGCCCUCCUCUGGAAGGGGGUGGAGGGCACUGCCAGCCUCGCGCUCGGCAACUUCGUGAGCGCCAACGGCCACAUCGACCUCAUCCUG